CCAAAGUUUAUAUUUAUAUGUAGAGAAUCUAAGGGGCAGUUAUUUUACCAUUAAACAUGAAAUAUUACUGAGACUCAGGGCUAUAGAAACAUUUGAAAUGAAAUGUGAUUUGUUCCAAGCCAGUCUCCAAAGAGGCCAAUGUAUCUAGGCGAUUCUGGCUUUGUACAUAUGUUUAAGUGAACCCUUCAAAUCUAUUUGAACUUCAGUCACCCUGUCUGUGAAAGAGAAGGGUAAAGAAUACCUCCUUGCAGCAAAAAGGGUCAUUAGGAAGAUCAAAUGAGAUAAUGUAUAUAAAAAUGUUUAGUACAUCAGCCAGCAUGAGUUAGCAAAGUCUUCAAAUGUUCCUUAUUAUUCAUUCUUUGAUUACUUAUGUUUUCCAACAGCUUUGGGACCCCAGAACAGAACAACGCAUUUCAUGACUGAGUUUGUCCUCCUGGGUUUCCAUGGUCAAAGGGAGAUGCAAAGCUGCUUCUUCUCAUUCAUCCUUGUUCUCUAUCUCCUGACACUGCUAGGGAAUGGAGCAAUUGUCUGUGCAGUGAAAUAGGACAGGCGGCUCCACACACCCAUGUACAUCCUCUUGGGAAACUUUGCCUUUCUAGAGAUCUGGUACAUUUCCUCCACUGUCCCAAACAUGCUAGUCAAUAUCCUCUCUGAGACUAAAACCAUCUCCUUCUCUGGCUGCUUCCUGCAAUUCUAUUUCUUUUUUUCAUUGGGUACACCAGAGUGUUUCUUCUUAUCAUUUAUGGCUUAUGAUCGGUACCUGGCCAUCUGUUGCCCAUUACACUACCCCUCCAUCAUGACUGGGAAGUUCUGUGUGAUUCUGGUCUGUGUAUGCUGGGUAGGCAGAUUUCUCUGCUAUCCAGUCCCCAUUGUUCUGAUCUCCCAACUUCCCUUCUGUGGGCCCAACAUCAUUGACUGUUUUGUGUGUGACCCAGGCCCAUUGUUUGCACUGGCCUGCAUCUCUGCUCCUUCCACCGAGCUUAUCUGUUACAUCUUCAACUCGAUGAUUAUCUUUGGGUCCUUCCUCUCCAUCGUGGGGUCUUACACUCUGGUCAUCAGAGCUGUGCUUCGUAUUCCCUCUGCUGCUGGUCGAACUAAAGCUUUCCCCACAUGUGGGUCCCCCCUAAUGGUGGUGUCUCUAUUCUAUGGAACACUUAUGGUGAUGUAUGUGAGCCCAACAUCAGGGAAUUCAGCAGGAAUGCAGAAGAUCAUCACUCUGGUAUACUCAGCAAUGAUUCCACUCUUAAACCCCCUUAUCUACAGUCUCUGGAACAAAGACAUGAAAGAUGCUCUGAAGAGAGUCCUGCAGUUAACUGUUAUCCAAAACUGAGAUAUCUUUGAAAAAGGUGCCAAAUUGGUCGCCUCUGAUUUUAACUUUUUAUAACUGUAGAGAGUAGCUUUAGUAGUAUGUUCUGGCCCACCCUCAGGUAGACAGACUUAUCUUUCACAGUUUCUUAGCAG